GGGGCCGCGCCGCACCGCACCGCGCGGGCGGCUAUGGAGCGAGCCUGAGGCCAGCCAGGAAUUGUGGAGGCGCUGCAGCGAAGAAGUAUGUAAUCAUGGAAUCUCCUUGCUAAUCGUCACCACCUCUUCUUCGUGAUAGGACGUGGGCCGAGGGGAAGGAAAAGAGGCCAACAUGAAGCUGAAGCAACGAGUUGUGCUGUUAGCAAUACUCCUUGUCAUUUUUAUCUUCACCAAAGUUUUCCUGAUAGACAAUUUAGAUACAUCGGCCGCCAACCGGGAGGACCAGAGGGCUUUUCACCGAAUGAUGACUGGCUUGCGGGUGGAGCUGGUGCCCAAAUUGGACCACACCCUGCAGUCUCCUUGGGAGAUUGCAGCCCAAUGGGUGGUGCCCCGGGAAGUGUAUCCUGAAGAGACACCAGAGCUGGGAGCAAUCAUGCAUGCCAUGGCCACUAAGAAAAUCAUUAAAGCUGAUGUGGGCUAUAAAGGAACACAGCUAAAAGCUUUACUGAUUCUUGAAGGAGGACAGAAAGUCGUCUUCAAACCUAAGCGGUACAGCAGAGACUAUGUGGUAGAAGGGGAGCCAUACGCUGGUUAUGACAGACACAACGCAGAGGUGGCGGCCUUCCAUUUGGACAGGAUUCUGGGUUUUCGCCGAGCUCCCUUGGUCGUUGGCAGAUAUGUCAAUCUGCGAACAGAAAUUAAGCCUGUUGCCACGGAGCAGCUGCUGAGCACCUUCCUAACUGUAGGGAACAAUACUUGUUUCUAUGGGAAGUGCUACUACUGCCGGGAAACUGAGCCAGCAUGUGCUGAUGGUGACAUGAUGGAGGGGUCCAUCACACUUUGGCUUCCAGAUGUGUGGCCUCUGCAGAAACAUCGACAUCCCUGGGGCAGGACCUACCGAGAAGGCAAAUUAGCCAGGUGGGAAUAUGAUGAGAGCUACUGUGAUGCUGUGAAGAAAACGUCCCCCUAUGACUCAGGCCCUCGCCUCCUGGACAUCAUUGACACGGCUGUCUUUGAUUACUUGAUUGGCAAUGCUGACCGCCAUCACUAUGAAAGCUUUCAAGAUGAUGAAGGCGCUAGUAUGCUUAUUCUUCUUGAUAAUGCCAAAAGCUUUGGGAACCCCGCGCUGGAUGAGAGAAGCAUUCUCGCCCCUGUCUAUCAGUGUUGCAUCAUUCGGGUUUCAACCUGGAAUAGACUGAAUUAUCUAAAGAAUGGAGUACUAAAGUCUGCCUUAAAAUCUGCCAUGGCCCAUGACCCCAUCUCCCCUGUGCUCUCCGAUCCACACUUGGACACUGUGGAGCAGCGGCUUCUCAAUGUCUUGGCCACCAUCAAGCAGUGCACUGACCAGUUUGGGACGGACACUGUGCUGGUGGAAGACAGGAUGCCACUCUCCCACUUGUAACUCUCAACACAAAACAAGUGGAACUGAUUUUUACAAAGAUAGAGAAACAGCACAAUCAAUUCCAAAUGGCAUGCGAUGGCCUGCAAGCGGCCACGGCGGGCGCUGGUGGCAGAAGGCGGAGGCCCUGGGAGCGGCUCUGAGACUCACCUGGCAAGCGGCCGGCAGCAGCUCUGCUCAGUCUUCAUUCCCACACCAGAGGGCGGGCGGGCGGGUGUGACACUAAGGAAGUGGUUCCAGAGUGUGUGUGGGGCGAACCUUGCUGCCCUUUCCCUACACCCAUGGAUUCUCUGAAAACACUUUGCAGUCCCUUGUGUCUUUGAAAAACAAAACCCAGAACGAGUCAGGGUGAAAAACAUCCUGCCUCUCCAGAGUGGCAUCAGAUAAAACAGCGGUCUGCUCCAGGAGGCGUGUCCAAGGCAGACUGGGAGGGGAGGGUCUGCCCCAAGGGGCGUGUCCAAGGCAGACUGGGAGGGGAGGGUCUGCCCCAGGGGGCGUGUCCAAGGCAGACUGGGAGAGGGAGGGCAGGAAGGGCUUGGGAUGCUAAGGUAUUGGGUGGCAUGGAUUUGACAGCUCAGGGAAGAGAGAGGGGAAAUCACUCUAUAGAACCAGGAAGGUAAUUGACUUCCCCUCUGUUUAGAUAGGUCCAGAGCAAACAUAGAGGAUACUAUUAUAACCCAAGCAUGAUCCUCUAUGGACUAACUUACCCCAUAUAGGCUACCCAAAGUAGUAAAACAAACUGAAACUGUACUCUCUGCCCCACCCCCACCCCCUAUUUUUUUUCUUUUUCUCUCAAUGGCAUUGCUUAUUUUGAGGUAGACCAUAGACUCUUACUCUAGCCUGUGCUGAUCUGGAACUUACUGUAUAGCCCAGUCUCGCUUUGAACAGGCCUCAGCCUUCCACAUGCAAGGAUUAUAGGUAUGAACCAACAUGCCCAGCUCUCUGUUUAAAGUGAACGUAUACCCUGUGAGGUAAAUGGCCUGUAAAGAUGCUGUUCCUAGGAGAUUGGUGGCCCUGGCUGUGUCUUAUGAGAAAGUGUCAUGGUGGCUGGACUAAGCUUGUGAUGUGUGCCCGGCAGGUAACGGAGAAAGAUUUGAAGCCUCUAAGCCUUGGACUGAGGAGACCGCCACAAAGACUCUUAGUAUUUUGGUUCAUAUCAAAUCCAAAUUCCAUCUCAUUUGGAGUUCUGAACCUGUGGUGUAUAGAAUUCUUCCAUCUCUGUGUCAGGGUCAGGGUUAGUUUUGUGUUCUGGCAAGUCACUUGAGAGCUGCCAGAUAGUUAGGGAAUGGGUCUGGGACAGUAGCUGUACCCAGGCUGUGUGCUCCCUCUACAUCUUGUCCAGUUAAGCCUUUCAGCAUUGUGUUUGACAUUUAGUGCCAGCCACACAGCCUGGCUAGAGGCAACUUCCUUUUGAGUGUAUACCCCUAGUUUCUCACAUUAAAGUCUAGUAGCCUGUAACCACUUUUAGAUGGCAUGACAUUAGGAAAGUUUCAAGUGUACUGAAACUUUGAGGUAGAUUAAGGAAUACACUGCAUAUUUCUUUUUUUAAAUUCAGGGUAUUGAGUUUCAGGAAACAAAUAUUGGCAAAAAACACUAAAAUAGUGUUAACAAAAGGAGAUAUUGAGCCAGGCAGUAGUGACACACACCUUUAAUCCUGGCAUUUGGAAGGCAGAGGCAGGCAGAUCUCUGUGAGUUCAAGGCCAGCCUGGUCUACAGGACCAGGACCAGGUCUAGGACCAAACCCCCAAAACAAAGCAAAAACAAAAGGAGGUAUUAAGUCCAGUUUCCAGGCUACUUGCUGUAUACACCAGGAAACUUCACAGUUGAACUCUGAGAUUAGGGUGGUUAUUAGUACUUUGUGCUGGGAGCCAGCAGAGCUGGGAAACGGCAGUGAGCCCUCCCUUGAGUGCUGCCUAAGCUGUGGCUCCGCAUUCCGUGGAACACAUAGGUGAAGUGAGUAGGAACUGUUCGCAGGCAAGCAGCCUCACUUGCAAUGUUGAAGACAUAAGAUUCUUCUAGGGAGAAGAACAGGCAGGAAGGCUGCUUUGAGUUAGAGAAAAGUCCUCUCAGGCUUCGUUUCCACACUCACGGCAUUAGAAGGAGCUCAGAGCCACAGUAGACAGAGUUGAGUCAGGGUGUCACAACAAUUAGAGUCUAAGUAUGUGUUCUAACUCGGAAUUGGAUUAACGGUCUAUUUGGGUGAAUAAGGGUGGGGCAGCCAUAUGCUUCCAGCCCCAAAUUUAUAGACAAAGUUCCAUUGGGGAAAAAAAAAUACGUAUUUGUAACUCCAGCCUCUUUUUGGGUUAUUUACUAGAUCAGACUGUUAUAAUCAAGGCACUGGCGGGAUUUUGGUCAGCUCUAAAUUAGCUUUACUAACUGAACAUCCUCAUAGAUGCAUGCAUUUAAUACAAAACCAAGAAAUCCAAGUCCAUUGCUAUCUCCUCCUUUCCUUCCACUUCUUUUCUUUAUAGUUAAUGCAAACUUUAUUUAUAAAAGACUCUUAAGUUAGUUGUCUCAUGCCGUGCAUUCAUACAGAAUACAGUGUCCCUUCAGGGCUACAGAAGAGCUCACAGCUCAAAAGGAACUAUUAAAAGUAUCUAAUGGCUGAAAGCUAGGAAAAAUUAGGACAAUUUUACAAAUGAGCCAUUAAAACAAAGCCAAAAAAAGGACAUGGAAACUACUCUGAGCUGAGGGAGCAGCUGUUUAGAAGUCUGCACACUAAGCUAACCCACAGUCAGUCUUCUAGAAGCAGACCAUGUGCAGACGAGCCACCACUGCUCUUCCCCAUCUGCAGUCUGAUACAUACAAUCAGUUUGUGUACAAUGAGCAGUGGCCGCUUCACACUAUAGAACUUGUAGAUUAGUAAACUAAAGCUGCAGAAUGCUGAAGGAUUCGGCAGCUUCGUUUGCAACUGCUCUUUAUUCUCUUCAGCCUCUUUCAAGUCAUCACUGUUAGUUGUGGAGGCGGAGAAGGUCACGGUUCCUGCAGAGUAGGUCUGGUUUCCUUCCACUUCUUAAAUAUGUGUAUUCUGAAGUUGAAAUGGGAGAGAUUUGAAUAUGGAAUUUUCAUUCUCAAACUGUUCCUUAAUCUAAGGCUGCAGUGUACUUUGGGAAAAGCCAUGAAUAAUUCACCCUUAAAACAACAGGCUCUGAUUUGCUGCAGAUGUUGGUAUUUUUUAAGGUACUGUUUGUACUGAGGGUUACAAUGUCAGACUACAUUUUUAGAAGAAAAUAGAGAAAUUCAGGUAUGUUCAUUACAGAUUACUCAGCAAAGUGGACCCCGGCAGUUCUUAGUUUCCCCCAGUGCUAGAGACAGCAUUGGGGUCCAAAGAAACUUAGGUUUUCUUUAGAACUCUCACGCUUUGUCUUCUCCUCCCCUGCUUCCUGUGCCUCAGCCUCCCUUCCCUCCCUCGCCCUGGUCGCUGGUUAUCUUGUGACUAUAACACCUGCUGUUAGCUCAGGGUUUCAGGAGAGGAGGUGGAGGGUCAACGUGGCCGUGUAUGUAUGCUACCAAGGAAAAUGUUCUUACUUUGACACAAGGAAAUACUGAGUGGCUGGCGCUGGGAAAGGACUUGGCUAGGAAGGGUUAGAAUGUGCAUCAAGCAUUUGCUAAGAAGCCUGCUAAGCCAGGUGACCUGACUGUGAACGUGCUCUCUGGGGGAGGCUGGCUCUUCUCCCCUUAUUUCUGUAGUCUGGAUGGUGAGUGGGGGCUGGACACUGUACUGUCACAGGUUUUUAGGACCUAAGGUGAUUCUCAUAAGCUCUUGGGGAAGCUGGGAGUAACUUACUGGGAAGCUAAUUUAUUUGUCUGAAGGGCAGUGUGGGCAUCACCACCCUCUUGUUUGAUCUGCCUAGGAUUUCCUCUUGGAGCUGUUGUGCAAAUAGAGGUUGUACUCGGUAAGAUACCAAACAAUUUCUAAUGUGUUCUAUGGGUUUCAAUUCUGAAAAAAAAAAUAAAAAGAUUUUAAUAUA